AUGGAUUUAGAAUAAGUUAAUUAGAAAGAAGAUAAUUAAAGGAUCAAUAUUGAAUUUGGCAACCUUAAGUAUGUUAAGACUAAAAUUGAAGCUAUUUGCUAUCUUGUUUGGAGAGCCGCUAAACACUAAUUUAACUUAAAUAUUUCAGUAGAAGAAAUAAAUCCAGACUAUUAUAAAAUAAAAAUCUAAGAUAUAGUUUUAUUAAAAGUAAUUCAAAUAAGCCAUUACAUAAAAAUAUUCUGUGCUAAAACUCCCUCAAAUAGCAUUAUUGAAAUAAAUCUAAAUAUUUACUCUUUUUUCAAAAAAUAUUUGAGCAACUAAAUUACUUUAGAUGAUACAAAAAUAAAUUAAUAGUUUCUUAAUUUAGAUAUUUAUAGUCGUUUAUUAAAUAUAUUUGACAGUAGAAUAUACCUUAUGCUUAAUUCAGAGUAAAUAAACUAAAAUUUACUGUUAAAUUAAAGACAUUUUAUUAUUUGUAUGAGAGUAAAUACAAUAUUGUUAAGAGUAUGCAAAUUUUUAAAUAAAAAAGAUCUACUAAACUUUCUAACUCUAAAUUAUUAAUCUAAUAAAAAUUAUGCUAACAACAAAGAAUUUUGGUAUUAACUAUAUUCUAGUAAAUAUGGUAAAUCUGGAUUUAAAUUAAAUCAAUUAGAAUGGAAAAAGGUUUAUUUGUAAAAAAUAAAAUGA